AUGGAGGUGACAGACACCCAUUCCGUCAAGCCGCAGAAAACCCGAGUCUCUGAGGAGUUCAAGCAGCUGGAGAAGAAUGACCGUCUCCUCAAGGAGAACCCUCGCCGCUGGGUCAUGUUCCCGCUGCAGUACCCGGAAGUCUGGGAGAUGUACAAGAAGCAUGAAGCAUCCUUUUGGACCGCUGAGGAGAUUGACCUGGCGCAGGACAACAAGGACUGGGUGACCAUGAACGAAGGCGAGCAGCACUUUGUGAAACACGUCCUGGCCUUCUUUGCUGCAUCUGACGGCAUCGUCCUCGAGAAUCUGGCGUCGCAAUUCUCCACGGAGGUGCAGAUUCCUGAGGCCAGGGCCUUUUACGGCUUCCAGAUUGCCAUGGAGAACAUCCACUCGGAGACUUACUCGCUCCUCAUUGAGCAGUACAUCAAGGACCCUGCAGAGAAGGACAGCCUCUUCGAUGCCAUCCACACCAUGCCGGCCGUUCAGCAGAAGGCUCUGUGGGCCGUGCAGUGGAUGAACCGCGAGAGCAGCUUUACCGAGCGACUGGUGGCCUUUGCGGCGGUGGAGGGGAUCCUGUUCAGCGGCUCCUUCUGCGCCCUCUUCUGGCUCAAGAAGCGCGGCCUGAUGCCAGGGCUGACCUUCUCCAACGAGCUCAUCUCGCGCGAUGAGGGCCUCCAUGCAGACUUUGCAUGCCUUCUCUACGGCAUGCUGGAGCAUAAGCUGCCAGAAGACGUUGUGCACGAGAUCAUUCGAGGUGCUGUGGAGGUGGAGCGUGAGUUCAUUUGCGGGGCACUGUCCUGCGACUUGAUCGGCAUGAACAAGGACCUCAUGACUCAGUAUAUUGAGUUUGUCGCAGAUCGCCUGUUAGCGGCCCUAGGUCACAGCAAGAUCUUCAACUCUUCAAAUCCUUUCGAUUGGAUGGAGAUGAUCUCCCUGCAGGGCAAGACCAACUUCUUUGAGAAGCGUGUGGGAGAGUACCAGAAGGCGGGUAUCAUGGCGGGCCAGUCUGAUCCUCUGACAGCCUUCGCGCUGGACAAGGACUUCUGA